CUAACAUUUCCAACUGUAUCUUGAAGGACAAAGUUAGUUGGAAGGCAAAGCUAUUGUCUUUACCUUGAAUAGAAUGUCUCAAUCCCAUAAGAGUACUUCUCUAAAACUUUCAAUCUUAGAUAUAUCCAAAACACCAAAUCCAUCUUCUUUAUCUUCUCUUUUAGAAGCUUGCAAAGAAUGGGGUUUCUUUCAGAUCACUAAUCAUGGAAUAUCUCAAGAACUUUACACCAAAUUAGCCUCAUUUUCUACACAAAUUUUUAGUCUUCCUUCUGAUGUUAAGCUCAAGCUUGGUCCUUUUUCUUCUGUUAAGACAUAUACACCUCAGUUUAUAGCUUCUCCUUUCUAUGAAGGACUUAGAGUUUCAGGCCCAGAUUUCUUUUCCUCUGCUGAAUGUUCAGGUAGACUUCUGUUUGGUCCCAAGAGUACCCAAUUCAGUGAAGCGGUGCAAGAAUAUGGAGUAAAAAUGACAGAUUUAUGCAGAAGAAUAGUACAAAUGAUACUAAUGAGCUUGGGAAAUGAUUUUGACAAGAAAUUCAAUGAAACAGAAUUCAGUAAAUGUAAUGGGUACUUAAGGAUCAUAAACUACACACCCCCAAAAUCAUCCCAAGAAGUUGAAGGACUUGGAAAACACACAGACAUGAGUUGUAUAACAAUUCUAUAUCCUGAUGAUAUAAACAGUCUUCAAGUUAGAUCAAAAGAAGGAAAAUGGAUGAAUAUUGAACCUUGUAAAGAUAGUGUUGUGGUUAAUAUUGGAGACAUGUUUGAAGCUUGGAGUAAUGCGAUUUUAAGGUCUUCAGAACAUCGGAUCGUGUUGAGUAAACCAAGAAAUCGUUUGUCUUUGGCAUUUUUUUGGACUUUUGAAGAUGAUAAGAUGAUUUUUGCACCUAAAGAAAUGGUGGGUGAUGGGAAUAAUAGAGUUUUUAGACCUUUUAUUUGUCGAGAUUAUGUUCGUUUUAGAGAGUUUGAUGAUAAAGAUAGGUAUGACAAAGUGGGUAAUACUGUUAGAGAUUUUGCUGGGUGUACCGGUGCUACAUAAUUCGCUGGCUAAUUCAUUUUUUGAAAUUCGCUUAAAAUGAUAAAAAAAAAGCCGAAAAUUAAUUAUAAUUUGCUUUUUCUGAUUUGCAAUUCCCGAGGAAGUUAGUAAAUCAUGUGACAUCUGAGUGUACAGGUUUGAGAUGUAUAUAAUCACAUGUAAAUCAAAACUAUUUGUUUCAAAUUCGCUGCCUCCCUCUUAAAGAUAUGUUCUAUAUGUGGGUGUAUAAAUUUAGUUAAAUUGAAUAUAUUUCAAGCUGAUCGAGGUAGUAGUAAAGAUUGAAAAUAAUAAUGAUUGUAAUGUAUUCUUUUUUUUAAUUUGCUACAAACUUCAAAAAAUUUGUACUUUGAUAUGC